GCCCCGCCCCCUGCCGUCCCGGAAGCGCUGUCGGAGCGGCCGCCGGUUCGGCUCUGUGGCGGCGGCGGCGGGCGAGGGGCGGCUGCGGCCGAGCGGGCGCCGCUAUGGAACACAUUCGUACCACCAAGGUAGAGCAAGUGAAAUUACUGGAUAGGUUCAGCACCAGUAAUAAGUCACUGACGGGAACUCUGUACCUUACAGCAACUCAUCUGUUAUUCAUAGAUUCAAGCCAGAGAGAGACAUGGAUACUACAUCAUCACAUUGCUGCAGUGGAAAAACUUCCCUUGACUACUUCCGGCUGCCCCCUUGUCAUCCAGUGCAAGAACUUCAGGAUAGUUCACUUUGUGGUACCCAGAGAGAGAGAUUGUCAUGACAUUUAUAACUCUUUGCUUCAGCURUCAAGAACAGCAAAAUAUGAAGAACUUUAUGCCUUUUCUUAUAAUCCAAAACAAAAUGAGUCUGAGCAAGUCAAAGGUUGGCAGCUKAUUGAUCUGGCAGAAGAGUAUAAGAGAAUGGGAAUACCAAAUGCUUACUGGCAGUUGUCUGAUGCAAAUCGUGAUUACAAGAUUUGUGAAACCUAUCCUAGAGAACUUUAUGUUCCCAGAACUGCAAGCAAGCCCAUAAUUGUUGGUAGCUCCAAGUUCAGAAGCAAAGGAAGAUUCCCAGUGUUGUCAUAUUAUCAUAAAAAUAAAGAGGCUGCAAUUUGCAGAUGCAGUCAACCUCUCUCAGGUUUCAGUGCCAGGUGCCUGGAAGAUGAGCAUAUGUUGCAAGCUAUCAGUAAAGCAAAUCCUUCAAAUCGCUACAUGUACGUCAUGGACACCAGACCAAAGCUUAAUGCAAUGGCUAACAGAGCUGCUGGGAAGGGCUAUGAGAAUGAAGACAACUACUCAAACAUUAGGUUCCAGUUUGUUGGCAUUGAAAAUAUUCAUGUAAUGAGAUCUAGCUUGCAAAAACUCCUGGAAGUCAGUGGCACAAGAGGUUUGUCUGUCAAUGACUUUUUGUCUGGUCUGGAGAACUCUGGAUGGCUGCGUCAUGUCAAAGCUGUGUUGGAUGCUGCUGUCUUCCUGGCAAAGGCAAUAGCAGUUGAGAGUGCAAGUGUAUUGGUGCACUGUUCAGAUGGCUGGGAUAGGACUUCCCAAGUUUGUUCUCUUGGAGCUCUCUUGCUAGAUUCCUAUUACAGAACAAUCAAAGGAUUCAUGGUCUUGAUAGAGAAAGACUGGAUCUCUUUUGGGCACAAGUUCUCUGACAGAUGUUGUCAGUUGGAUGGUGAUCCAAAAGAGAUCUCACCAGUGUUCACCCAGUUUUUAGAAAGUGUGUGGAAUCUGACUGAGCAGUUCCCACAAGCCUUUGAGUACAAUGAGGCUUUCCUCCUUCAAAUUCACGAACACGUCCAUUCUUGCCAGUUCGGUAACUUCCUUGGAAACUGUCAAAAAGAACGAGAAGAGCUAAAACUAAAAGARAAGACCUAUUCCUUGUGGCCAUUCCUUUUGACUGAACAGAAGAAAUAUCAGAAUCCUCUCUAUAAUCCAGACUUUUCUCCAGAACUAACUCUUUUGGAACCUAAUACAGUGUCAUUCAAUUUUAAGUUUUGGAGAAAUAUGUACCAUCAGUUUGAUCGAAGUAUGCAUCCCAGGCAGUCUAUGUUCAGCCUUAUCAUGAAUACGAGUGAGCAAAAUAAACAACUGGAGGAAGACAUUAAAGAACUGGAAGCUAAAAUAAAGCAGAGAAACGGGCAGCCAGAUGUGGUGCUUGUGAAGGAACAGGAGCAGACUGCUCAUCCUGCCCCCGUGACGCUGAAGACCCCUCCGUGCUUCCAGAAGGAGCCCCCGCCUAUGCCUGUGAAUGACGCCGUGCGAACCAUAGAGGGCAGCAACACAGCAGACAAUCGCUACACUGAGCUUGUGUCCGAGUUCUCCAAAGCUGAGCCCGCCGUUGUCAGCUUGGAGUACGGAGUGGCCAGGAUGACCUGCUAAUUGAAAUCUGGCACUGUGUUCUUCUAGACUGAUUAAAUGGAGAGAUGGGUCAUUUUCAGGAUGGGUCUGUGCUGGAUGACCAAAACACGAUUUGUAUUUCAACAAGUUUUGUUAAUGUAGACUAGAACAGCAUGCUAAUUGUCAAGUGUUUGCUGUUCUUUUAAGGGGGAAAAAGUCUCUUUUUGAAAGAAAUAGGGGCAUUUGGUAAGUAGUGACUAAAAAUCAAAGAAUGGUAUGUCUUUGGACUUAGGUCAGUUUGCACUAAAUUGAUUUAAAUAGUAAUAUUACUUUAUUCAGUAUAGGAAACCACAGGUGGUCUUUCACAAAUUAAUUUUAUUUGGACAAGAAAACUUGAACUUUCUACUUUAGGAACUGAAGCUCCAUGUAAAUAUAGCAUAAUAGUUGAGUACGUAUUCCCUUGCUUAGUGUCACCCAGUACUAAUUUUCAGUGUAUUAAGUGCCAUGGAAAAGUAUGACRUAAUUCAAAUCAUAAAUAGUUGGCCUUAAACCUGUCAGAUCAAUUAUUUUGUCCUUUACUACUGCAGUCUACUUGGCUCUGUUUACAUUGUAUUUGCUCAAAUUUUUAUAUCCUUAAAACAGGACUGAAUAUAAAGAAUUAAGCAUGCCUAAGCUGGCACAGCCUUUCAACAAAUAGCUAUAUGAAUGUUACCUUAUCACUURAGACUGUUUUUUCUUCCAUUUCCUCUGUUGUUAAAAAUAUAAUAGAUCAAUUUUCCUCUCUGGCAGCUCAGUAGAUUGAGCAUCACUAAAGCUGCAGGUUGUCUGAGCUUAAAUGUUUUGAUUUGUGGCAAGGUAUUUAAGUGUAAAGUAAGAUAAAUCACGUAAGAAAACAAAACCUAACCAAUAACUGAAUCGUCAGGUUUGUUCCGAGUGUUUACCGUGUGCUGUGCAGUUGUUCAAGGUGCAAGAAUGMGAGCAGAACUUUUGGAAAUGCAAUCUACUGACGUUCCAAAUUACAAAAAAGUUGCAUGUCUGAAGCUCAUGAGAAACUUGAGUGCCUCAUAAAUGUUUCAAUAGAAGAAAAUUUUGGUUAUUAGUGAAUACCCUUCUCAUCUUAUAAAAACUUGUCCAACCUGUGCAUAUUUUAAGUAAUUUUAGUAUCUUAGAGAUAAUAUCUUUAGAGAUUUUUAUGUAUUUGGAGAGAGGACAAAAACUUGUAGAAGGCUGCAGUAGAGAUCAUGAACAUAAGAAAAAAAGAAAACUUAGAGUUUAUGCACUUAACUAUGUAUCUAAUCUUCUAGUAAGG